UGAUCAAAGUUGAAAAUUUGAAUCUAUCUAUCUAUCGAUCGAUCGAUCGAUCGAUCACAGCACAGAUUGAAAUAGGUUACAACAAUGGUGGAGAGGAAUGGAGCUGCAGUGGCAACAAUGGCAAUGGUGAUUGUGCAGCUGAUAUUUAGUAUACUGAAUAUUAGCUACAAACUUGCAGCCAACGAUGGCAUGCCUCUUCACUUGGUCAUAGCUUAUCGAUUUUUAUUUGGUUCUGUAGUCAGUAUUCUCCUCGCACUUCUCAUGGAGAGGAAAAAUUGCUCGAAAUUUAAGCUGAAGAUUGUGUUUUAUGGCUUCAUUUGUGGAUUGUUUGGUGGAUCAGUGGGACAAUAUUUAUCCUUAAAAGGUAUUGCAUUGACCUCAGCAACACUAGCUUCAGCCAUGUCAAAUCUUGGUCCUGCCAUUACAUUUAUUUUGGCCAUUUCUCUCAGAUUAGAGAGGCUGCGGUUGGACACCAUCGAAGGAAAAAUAAAGAUUUUUGCUGCUGCAGUGAGCAUAAGUGGAGCCAUAUUGCUUGCAGUAUACGAAGGGCCUGCAUUGAAUAUCGGAAAAACUAACAUUAAUCUUCUAGAGACGACAUCGACACAUCCUCAAGCUAAUCAUAACCAUAGCGGCCAUAAUUUAAUUUAUGGCACGCUCCUCGCCUUUCUAAAUACCGUCUGCUUUUCAUUUUUCUUGAUUAUUCAGUCUAAAGCCGCGGAGGAGUAUCCGUUUCCAUUAUCUCUCUCGGCGAUUAUGACAACUUGGGCAGCGAUUCAAGGAGUUGUCCUUGCAUUAAGCAUGGAAAGGAAUUGGAACGAAUGGAAAUUGGGAUGGAAUAUCAGAUUGUUCACAGUAUUUUCUAUGGGCAUUUUGACCUCUGGGUUGUCAUUUCCAUUGAUAGCAUGGUGUCUUCGUACUCGUGGACCGAUUUUUGUAUCUGCAUUCACUCCUCUAUGCCUCGUGUUUACGGUUGUUGCAGAACACUUGUUUCUGCAACAGAAACCACAUCUUGGGACGCUUUUGGGAUGCAUCAUAAUUGGAGGUGGAUUAUAUGUAUUACUAUGGGCAAAAGCUCAAGAAGCGAAAAAACAUGAAGACAAAUCGACAUGGCAACAAAAUGAAGAUACAUCCCAGCUUCCCAGCUGAUUUUGUGUGGUUGUGGAUUUAACACGAACAAUUUUCUGAUCAUCGACUAUAAUAAAAGGGCUUAGAAUUGGAUUUCGAAGUUGAAUAGAAUAUGAAUUUAAAAGAUGGUGUUGUUAAGCUUGCUAAUCUAAGUUUAAU